UAUGUGCACAACUGUUUCUCUCUUGAGGCAUACAAGAGGACAUAUCAGCAUGUCCUGCAACCUGUAGAGCAUGAGUCGGCAUGGCCUGUGUCCCCAAAUCCUAAACCAUUGCCUCCUAGAGUCAAAAAGAUGCCAGGCCGGCCAAAGAAAAAUAGAAGAAAAGAUCCUUCAGAGCCAAAGAAAUCAAGCACUAAAUCAUCAAGAGUUGGUACUAAAAUCAGAUGUGGCCGAUGCAAAAGGGAUGGCCACAACUCCAGGACAUGCCCUAGGAUGAUGGGAAGGGCAGUGCCACAACCAAAUCCUUCACAACAGCAUGCUACCAAUGCAACGAGUCAAGCAAUGGUACCUGCAUCAGACGAGCAGCGUAAAGGAAAGCGUCCAGUACCACCUUCAAUCCACACAAAUUCAUCUGCCAAUUCAUCAUAUAUUCAGUCUAGCAAUAAGAAACAAAAGGUGUCUAAGUCAAACUCUAGAGCCAUUGCUGAAGCAUCUGCAAAGGCAGCUGCUGGUGGGACUGCAUCUAUUACAAUCGAGACAAGUGCUGGCAUGGUUGCUGGGACAUAUGCAAAGGCAACCAUCAAUGUUUCAGGAGCAACCGGCACAGCCAAAAUUCGAUCCACUUCAACUGGUCCUGGAAACAGCUUAGGAAAACGCAAUGUCAUGAGGGAAGAGCAUCAUGUAGUUUGA